UUCCGAUUAUAAAUGUGCAAAUGAAUGGAUAAAUACACAAACGUAUUGUAAGUUUUGUCAAAAUACGAGAAUUUAAAUAGAUUUUUUUUUUUAAAUAGCAUAAAAUAAUAUUAAAUGAAUCAACUGUCACACAAACACGAUAACAGACUAUAACAGCUACCAUUCAUUCACCACUUUAAAAAAAUGCAUUUUGUUUUAUUAUCUUAAAUGAUAUUUGUUGCUAGGCGUCAUGAGAAUAUUCCAUUCUAUGACAUAGCUUUAUUCUGUGACAUCAUAAGAGAGCUGGUUUUCAAGAGUGGAAAAAGAACACAGAGCUUUCGGAUAUUCACUGACCUUUGUUAGAGUAAAGUUAUUAUUGAAGUUGCUCUGAUCAAGAGAGAAAAAUGAAUACGUUUCUGAAUGCACUUAAAGCUGGAGAGGAAACGACAACGGACCCCAAGGACACACCUGAAGUGUAUGUCUGGGCCACAGAACCGGCUCUGGUCCAACCCACAGAGGUUCCUCAGGACCAGCGUUCCAUGACAAAACUUGAGGAGAAACACCAGAAGGCUGAGGAUUCCAUUGCUCAGCUGGAGGUGGAGAAGGCGAACCUGACCAACCAGGUGGAGAAACUGCGAAGAACAGUGGCGAACAUGGGGACCAUGCUCUCUGAGACUCACAGGGAGUGUGAUAAGCUAACAGACGAGUAUGAGCAUGAACAGGAGGCUCACAGCAUCCUCCAGAAGGAGAACGAUGAGAUGAAGGAGACUCUGAUGCACAAGGAGGAGUUGCUAAAGGUCUCAUUGCCUGAAGCUGAGGAGAAACACCAGAAGGCUGAGGAUUCCAUUGCUCAGCUGGAGGUGGAGAAGGCAAACCUGACCAACCAGGAGUAUGAGCGUGAACGGGAGGCUCACAGCAUCCUCCAGAAGGAGGACGAUGAGAUGAUGGAGACUCUGAUGCACCAGGAGGAGUUACUAAAGAGCUCCAUGGUGAAAGCUGAGAAGAAACACCAGAAAGCUGUGGAGACUAUUGCUCAGCUGGAGGUGGAGAAGUCUGACCUAAAAGACCAGGUAGAGACACUGCGAAGAACAGUGCAGAAAAUAGGGAACAUGCUCACUGAGACUCACAGGGAGUGUGAAGCGCUAACAAAUAAGUAUGAGCAAAAGCAGGAGGCUAACAGCAUCCUCGAGGCGGUGAACGAUGAGAUGAUGAAGACUCUGAAGGAGCUUGAGAUGAAGAACAAUGAGAUGAAGCAGACUCUGAUGGAAAAAGAGGAAUUACUGAUGACUCCCUGGCAGAGACUGAGGAGCAACACCACGAGGCUGUGGAGUUGGUUUCCGAGGCGGAGGCAGAGAACUAUGACCUGACUAAUCCAAUGAAGACCCUGGUACAGUGGGGGAAAUAAGUAUUGGAUGCGUCAACAUUUUCUUCAAGAAAUAUAUUUUCAAUGAGGCUAUUCACAUGAAAUUUUCACCAGACAUCAGUAUUAACUCAAGAAAUCUGGAAAUAUAAAGAAUUCACAACAUUAAAGUCCAUACAUAAAGUGGAAUGACAAAUGUUCCUUAGGAGUAGUACUCUGCCUCUGUUCCUUCUUACUGGUUAAAGCUGACUUAUAGCUUACUGGUUACAGCUAAGACUCUUACAUAAUCGACAUAUACUUGCAGUAAGUGUUCUGAUCACCCAAAUGAACUUUGUGUGACUCACUCCUUUUAUACUAUGCUUGUGUUUCAAGUGUUUUGUUGUCUUAAGUGACGUUUGUGUUACUAUCCUCUGCUUUUUAAUUAUAAGAUGGACAGACACUCCAGGUGAGUACAGUACACAUGCCUCACUAACAGAGACGAUUCAUUCUGUUUAUUCAUGUUUGAUGUAACGUUGGUGCAGUGUGGGAGCUUUAGUGAUUGCACCAACACUAACCUUGCUAAUAAAGUUCAUGAUGAUGAUGAUGAUGAUGAUGAUGAUGAUGGCUAUGCAAAUCUUUCAAGGUUUAUAAUAGGACUGAGAGGUAUAGUGAAUGUGAAUGUGUAUGAUGCAGUGCCACAACAUGGAUUUCGAAAUACUAUGGAUAUGGUGAUAAUCCCAAAAAUGAUUAAACAGAACCAGCCCUAGCAAGAGACUAAUAUUAACUUGAAUAACUUAAAUAAUUAGAAGAAACUUACAUGUAGUUUUAAAAUGGGAAAUCU